AUGAUGAUGCUGGAAUAUAAAAAGGAGCCCUGUACUCAUAAUAGUUUCAAUUUAGCGACUAGUUUAUUCUGCAAUUGUGGGAUUCCAUUAGGAAAAAGAUAUCGAAACUUCCCAUGCUAUCACCUAUUCUGUGAAGAAUGUAUAAAUAAAGAUGAUUCGAACACUAAGUGCAAAAUGUGUGAAUCACUUGUGGAAAUAGUGGAGGAACUUCACCCUAAUGAAGAAAUCUUUAUCUGUACAGUUCCAAACUGUAAACAGGGAUUCUUAAAUUUUCCAAGCCUAAAGGCCCACGCAAAAAUAUCGCACUCAGUAAACAUUGAUACCAUCGAAGAAUUUUAUGAAAAAUUCGGAGAUUUGGAUGUACCAAUACCAAAUUCUAAUCUAGUCACGAUCGAGAAAAACAGGUUUAAGCAAUCAAAGGGGAAAAGGAAUGGUAAGUCUUCGUCUCCUGACAUAGCAGACCGUGAUUCCACCUUAACAAAAUCUCCAAAAACUGCCAGGAAGGAUGACAAAACAGAAGAUAAACAAGAUAAACUGGAAAUAUUGAUGUAA